AUGUCCGCGCAAAUACUUCCUCCCGACAUCGUACGGGAGAUAUUGGAUCACGUCGCAGAUGCCGAACCAGCUGGCUAUGACUUUCACUCGAAAUCAUACAAGCUGGGUUGGAUCUCCACCACACACGUCUGCAGAAGCUGGAGAUACGUCGGGUUCGGUGCUGCGUCCCUAUGGGCGGACGCGGCCUGCGCCUUUCCGGAUUCUAUCAUCGCGGACGAGCUCAUUACGCGCGCUCGUGGUUGUCCAUUGAACAUGAGAAUUACCAACCAUGACGCGAAGGGCACCGGCUCGCACCGAUACCAGCACUCUCAGCCGCUAACGUUGAGCUGGUUUCUCAAAUACAGAAACUGCGCUCGCCAUUUCAGCUGUUCCAUCUCCAAGGCAGCCAUCGUUCGUGGUGAUGCUGAAGUCAAAAUCUUGUUCGCGGAUCCUCUACCGGUCACCGAAUACAUAUCGAUUGUGGUGGACGAUGAUUUAGUUGGCGCAUCCGCCACCCCUGCAUCUAUGGUAGCGCUCAACGCUCCUGUCUUGGACCACGCCCACUCGAUUGGCAUGCUGCCGUCCCCAACAUCGACGCUGCCUAGCCUUCGCUCUCUACGGCUGUACCUCAGAGACGACGAGGCUAGGGCGAUGGAUGGCAUGGCUAAUCUGUAUGGACUGCUACGGGCAUUGCCACUUUUGGAAUCUCUUACUUUGCGUCUGGGCGGCGCGAUCACAUUGCCGCUUGUCGAUCGAACUCCUGUGCGCCUCGAACAUCUGCAAUCCUUCAAUGCACGUUGCUGCCCUGCUCUAGCUUUAGAUCUACUCGAGACCAUCGUCGCCCCUUCCAUGGAAAUGCUUGUUGUCAAUACCUCCGACGAAGUAACAGGUAGCGAUUUUAUAGUUCAAGCCCUCGCUCUUCAACAACGCCAGUUUCCGCUGGCCAGCGAGGGAUCUCUAUCCGUAUCGGACACAUCCUUGUCAUUGGCCAAUACUGCAUCCGGCCUGCCGAGUCUGCGCCUCAAAUUUCCCAGCUUGGCGGGAUUGAGCUUUGUGGAGCUUCUGUCAGCGCUACCACAACACACGGACGUCUCCCAAUACCGACAUUUCGCGCUCGCGGUGCCGGAUUGUACGAUGUACCAUGGCUUAUAUGCUGCCAUGGUAGCCAUAGGACGGGAGAUGACACGGAUCACGACACUUGUGAUCAGCGGGGAGAUUCAUCAACAUCUACUAUGGAUGCUUCAAUCAACAACAGAUGGCGAAUCCUCCGCGGCCGUGCCCUUUCCGUCUUUGCACACCCUAGGUUUGGGCAUGGUGGACCUCCGUCCACGGUCGGGAGAUAUGUGGUCUGGCAUAACUCUGUCGAAAAACACGCUGUCGUGGUGGAACGUCAUGAUGGAUGUGCUGGAAAGUCGUAUUGAGAAGGGGAGCGGCGUUAGAUGCCUGACGUUCGAGGGAUGCGAUUGUGCGCGGGGAGUGUGCACGCGGGUAUGGACCGAUCGAGCAGAAGCUUACUUGACCAAAGGUUUUAUAUCUGAGCUCGUUGAUAACCGGAAGAGGAUUUCGACUUGUUACCUAUGUGGCUGA